GACGCAGCACAACAAAAACACGUGUGGAUCGUGUGGAUACAAAUUUUGAAGCAGUCUUUAAGUUAGAUCCCGAAAUCUUUUCGCAUAAGUUAGAAAAUGGUCACGAUCAAGGAAAUCGAUGACAAUGAAAGCAGUGAAGGCGUCGACACUGAGUCAGAAACGGAGCAAGAGAGUGAGGAACAAGAAGAGAGCAUGGAAAUCUCGGAAGACGAGUCGGAGGAGAGUGAUGAUGAGCAUGCAGAUCUGAAUUUAGAUUCUGAUUCGGAACUUCAAAAAGCUUUUGAAAAAGGAAUUAUUAAGCCAGGCACUGUAAUUAAGACAGCAAAAUUGGUCAAGCCACCUCGAAAGUUCACCAAUAAUGUUGGUGGAAUGAAAAGAAAGCUGGAAGAGUUCAAGCUUGCUGGCAAGUGGAUUGACAGACUGGACGUAGUGUCUGGGCUUGCUCCGCUAGCUCCAGAACUUGUAGAGAAGAUGCAAGACCAAAAGCAAAUCACAGACUCAACUGAACUCGCAGCUAACGAUUUCCAACGCGAGCUGCACUUUUACCGACAGUCGCAAGCAACGGUUUUAGAGGCAAUUCCUCGGUUGAAGUCAAUGAACAUUCCGACACGGAGGCCUGAAGACUAUUUUGCUGAAAUGCUCAAGACCGACGAUCACAUGCAGAAGGUUCGGGAUGCCUUGACUAAAAAGCAAACUGAAGAGGAGAGAAGAGAGAAGAUUCGCCAAUUCCGGCAGCAGAAAAAGUUUGGCAAGAAGGUUGAGGCGCAAGCCAAGGUUGCCAAGCAAAUGCAGAAAAAGGCCAUGCUCGAUGAGGUUAAGAAAUUUAGGAAAGGCCAACGCAAAGAUCUGGACUUCCUUGACGACUUUAAUCCGAAGAAGGCCAAAGAGGGCCAUGCCAAACAGGGUCCAGGGAAUUCUGGCAAGGCGAAAAUUAAAAGGUCCCAGUUUAGAAAAGAAGCUAAGGAUAAGAAAUACGGCUUCGGUGGACGCAAGAGGGGCUCUAAGGCAAACACUAGAGAGAGUUCUUCAGAAGCUUUCAACAAAGGCAAGUCUACUGGCAGGCCUGGCAUGUCAAGAGGCAAAGGUACGAAACCGCAACAGAGACCUGGUAAAGGUCGCAGGCAGAAAAUGAAGGGUGGCAGAAAAUAAUUUGAUUUGUAUAAUAUUUGUAAGAACUCUGGCUCAUUAAAUUUCAUUCGUGCUAAUAAUUCGUAAACCAA